CUUAUUAGUUUGGAAUAAAGUUCAUUUUCCCUUGAAAAAAGACAAAUGACAGCUGUCAUCAUAGAGUUCGAUUGGUUUUGGGGUUUUCAUUCAAAAAACCUACCAAAACGUCAAGCCUUUAUCAAGUAGUUAUUCAAGAGAAAACAACUUUGAUCGGUCAUAUUCAUAUUCGUCGUCAUAUAAAAAGCAGAAAAAUGAAUAACGUGUACAAAACUCUGAAUAAUGUGCAAACACACCUGAUAACUUGGGGGAACCCCUUUAAUUGCGACGGCAGAGAUGUAAUUGUUUGCAUCACGGGGAAUCCAGGUGUACCCGACUUUUACAUUGAAUUUGCAUCCACUUUGCAUAGCAGCACUGGCCUCCCUAUUUGUGUAAUUGGACAGGCCGGACAUGAGCAUGUCCCACAUAAAGAAUCCAACAUAUUGAAAAACCAAGAACAUUUAUUUGAUCUUGAAGGUCAGGUGAAACACAAACUGGACCUUAUCAAUGCAAUUGAUAAAGCAAGCAAGCUGCACCUGGUAGGUCACUCUAUUGGUGCUUGGAUGAUAACAGAAAUGGUAGAAAAAGACAGCAGCCUACAGAAAAGGAUAUUGUCCAUUAAUCUGCUCUUUCCAACAUUGCAAAGAAUGGCAGAAACACAAAGUGGAAUACUUUUGAAUAAACUAGUGAGAAGGCUACACAUAUUAGUUAUGCUGCUAUUUACAUUCCUAUAUUACAUGCCUACUGUUAUAAAAACAUUUUUGAUUGGCCUUUAUCUAAAGUUCCACUCAUUGCCAUCUCAUUAUGUUGAUAGAAUAAUGAAGUAUCUCAACCCUAGAGUGGGUGAAAAGGUAUUAUUUUUGGCUUAUGAUGAGAUGGAUAGAGUAAGGGAUCUCAAUGUACAAGCAUUAACUAAAAUGAAACAUCAGACAUAUGUGACAUACGGAGUGCUGGACGGCUGGGCACCCGUCAGCUACAUGGACGACUUGAAGCAGUUCCAGCCCGAGAUGCACUUACAUGAAGUACACAUUGAUCAUUCAUUUGUAUUACGAUCUUCAGAGCAAGUUGCUGAAAUAGUAUCAAAAUUUAUCAAAACUAGUUUCAAUAAAUAAAGUAAAUGUAGGUAUUUUUAUUUUACCUGGUGAAAUGAUAUUAUAUUGUUAUGGGUCUGUUUAUAUUAACUAUGCAUUAAGUUAUUUA